GAACUACGGGACCAGCUGGACUAUUUGCUGGCCAACGGGUUCAUUCGACGGAGUACGUCCCCGUUCGCCGCCCUGAUCUUGUUCACACCCAAGAAGGAUGGGGGCCUCCGAGUCUGCAUUGAUCAUCGCGCCCUUAAUCGGGUCACGAUAAAGUCUCGCUACCCAAUACCGCGUGAGGACGAACUGAUUGACCAGCUGCGAGGCGCUCGCUAUUUCUCGAAGAUCGACCUUCGCGGCGAUUACCACCAGAUUCGAAUCUUCGCCGACGAUUGCCACAAGACCGCGUUUCGUACUCGCUACGGGGGUUAUGAAUACACUGUCAUGCCGUUUGGGUUAACGAAUGCCCCCUCGACGUUCCAACUGACAAUGAACGGGGUAUUCCAGAAUCUACUCGAUAAAUGUGUGCUCAUUUAUCUGGAUGACAUCCUGAUUUACAGCACAACACGGGAGCAACACUUCAAGGACUUGAAAGCGGUUUUUCAACGCCUGCAGCAAAAUCGUCUCAUCACCAAAUGCUCGAAGUGCGAGAUUUUACAACCUGAACUGGAGUUUUUGGGGCACGUUAUUUCGACGGAAAGCGUGAAAAUCGACCCCCGCACAAGAAUGGAAGCCGCCAACCAACCUCCAAGAGCUACAAUCGUUUUUGGGGUUCGUCAAUUACGUGCGCUGGUUUAUCCCCAAUAUGGCGGGAGACCCGAAAUUCACCUCGCGCUUCUGGCAAGACACGUGGAACCGAUACGGCACCCGCCUAUAGUUCUCGUCCGCUUAUUACCCGCAAACCGACGGUCAGAUAGAACGGACGAAUCCGACCAUGGAACAGUUGGUUCGCAUGAACUGCCCGGAUAUCAGCAAAUGGGAAGUUUCGCUACCCACGCUCGAGUUUUCCUAGAACAAUGCACCCUCCGCCACGACUAAUCACUCGCCUUUUUUCCUGAA